ACCGAGCUUCAAAAUGAUCUCCUUACCACCCUUUCAUCGCGGAGAGAUCUUUAUCUUACUUCAACACCGCUAGAAUCGAGAAGGUGUACGAGGGAGGCAAUAGCACUCCAUGCUUUGAAUCAUGUCACCAAGAAGCGUCGUCGCGUCCUGAAAAACAACGAGCGCCUUUCACACGCAGCAAAAACAAAUCCAGAAGCUCCCCCUCCAGAAGACGUGCAAGACCAAGGUUUUACUCGCCCUUCCGUCCUCUUCCUCCUCCCCUUCCGGUCAUCUGUGCUCAAUUGGUUCCACGCACUCACCUCACACACACCCUCUCCCGCAUACCAAAUUGAGAACCAAUCCAGAUUCCUGUCCGAGUACGGCCUCCCCGCAGGGGCUGUUGACAAGCUAGCGACCGCUGAACCUGGGACAUACCCUUCUGACCACGUCGAGACGUUCAAAGGAAACAUCGACGACAAUUUCAGGGUUGGAAUCAAGAUGACAAGGAAGAGCGUAAAGAUGUUUUGCGAGUUCUAUGGCUGUGAUAUCAUUAUGGCGAGUCCAUUGGGCCUGCGUAGGUCAAUUGAAAAGGAGAAGAAUGCUGAUUAUCUGAGUUCUAUCGAAAUCCUGAUAGUCGAUCAACUUGAUGCGCUGACGAUGCAAAAUUGGGAGCACGUCAAGUUUGUAUUGUCACACAUGAACAAGCUACCCAAGGAAUCCCGCGAUACCGAUUUCUCGAGGAUAAAGCCAUGGUAUCUUGACGGAAACGCGGCAUACCUGCGGCAAUCGAUACUUCUAUCCGCAUUCGAAACUCCAGAAACGCGAUCAUUGUAUAACGCGAACCUCAAGAACGUUGCGGGGAAGAUCAGGACCGAGAAACGCUGGAGCCCAAUCGAGGUUCCAGAUGGUAUAGACCAGGUUAGCCAUACCUUCGUUCAUUUUGAUUGCGUAAACCCUAUUGACGAAGCGGACAAACGCUUCAACCACUUCACAACACAGCUCCUACCCUUUGUCCUCAAAUCAGCUGUUCAGAGUUCCAACGCCGUAAUCUUCGUUCCCUCCUCUUUCGACUUCAUCCGAGUGCACAACUAUUUCCGGAAACAUGCUGGUGUUCCCUUCACCGUCUUAUCCGAGUACUCGACAAAUCAAGACAUCUCAAGAGCCCGUCAAGCCUUUUUCAAAGGCUCAAAAUCAUUCCUCCUCGUCAGCGAGCGUUUCCACUUUUACAAACGCUAUAAAAUCCGAGGAAUCCGUAAUGUCAUAUUCUAUGGACCCCCAGACCACCCGCAGUACUUCACGGAGUAUUUAUCGUAUCCCUUCCUUGACGAGGGGGUGGAGGCGUCGGAUGUGACUUGCCGGAUGUUGUACUGCAAGUACGAUUGGUUCAGGUUAGAGAGGAUAGCGGGUACAGAGGCUGCGGUGGAACUUCUCAAAGCUAGCUGA